UGUCACAGCACGACCACCCCUCUUAAAUUCUCUCACCUACCAGACGAUUCCCCAACUUCGUCAUCCCUAUCGGCCUUAAAUAUAUACACCCUUCUCCUGGUUCUUGAUUUGCUAUAAACCCACAAACACUAGCUGCUACUAACAGCACAAGUAAAAAGAGUCUUAUAUCUUUCUUUCGCCUUGUUUCUUUACUGAUCGAGAAAACAAUUUAACUGUUCCAAAAUGGCUCCAUCAUUUACCACAAAGCUGUUAAAGCUCUUGUUGAUGCUUAUCCUAUGCGUGUGCCCCUCAUUUGCUAUUAGCUCUCCCACAGAUUUCUUACCGUUGGAGUGCUUAAAGGUGCCCUCAUCCGAAUUCGUCAACUCUGUGAAGGACACCAUCGACACUGUAAAACAGGUGGCCUCCAUUAUCUCUCCGUUUGUUAAUGUUUUUGGCGAUCUUCGGCUUUCCAGCGCCAUUUCCGACUGCCUUGAUUUGCUUGACCUAUCGUCUGACGAGUUAACUUGGUCUCUCUCUGCUACCCAGAAUCCAAAAGGUAAAGAUAACAGUACUGGAGACGAGGGUUCUGAUUUGAGGACAUGGUUAAGCGCUGCAUUCGUUAAUCAGGACACAUGCAUUGACGGAUUUGACGGUACCAAUAGCAUUGUCAAAGACUUGGUGACCGGUGGCCUUAACCAAGUGACUUCUUUGGUCCAACAACUUCUAAGCAUGGUGCACCCUGUUUCCAAAAACCCUGGGCGCAGGCUCAUAAGUAAGGACCAAUUUCCUUCAUGGGUGAUGUCCGAGGACCGGAAACUGCUUCAAGCAGACGGGGUUGUGGUUGAUGCGAUCGUAGCUGCAGAUGGGAGUGGGAAUUUCACAAAGGUGAUGGACGCGGUCUUAGCAGCUCCUGAUUAUAGCAUGAGCCGUUAUGUCGUAUACAUUAAGAGGGGUGUCUAUAAGGAGAAUGUGGAGAUUAAGAAGAAGAAAUGGAACCUUAUGUUCAUUGGAGAUGGAAUGGACGCUACUAUCAUAUCCGGUGAUCGGAAUUGUAUUGACGGUUGGACCACAUUUCGCUCAGCAACCUUUGCUGUUAGUGGCAGAGGGUUCAUAGCGCGAGACAUCACAUUUGAGAACACUGCAGGGCCACAGAAGCAUCAGGCGGUGGCACUAAGAUCCGACUCUGACCUAUCGGUCUUCUUCCGCUGUGGCAUUAAGGGAUACCAAGACUCGCUAUAUACACACACCAUGCGCCAAUUUUACCGAGAAUGCCGCAUCAGUGGCACCAUUGACUUCAUAUUCGGUGAUGGCACAGUUGUGUUCCAAAACUGUCAAAUUCUAGCCAAAAUGGGUCUACCGAAUCAAAAGAACACUAUAACCGCUCAGGGUCGCAAAGACCCAAACCAACCCACGGGCUUCUCUUUCCAAUUCUGUAACAUCUCUGCCGAUUCAGAUUUGGUAGCCUCCGUCAACUCCUCAGCCACGUACCUUGGUAGACCCUGGAAACAAUAUUCACGAACCAUUAUCAUGCAGUCGUACAUGAGCAAUGCCGUAAGGCCUGAAGGGUGGCUCGAGUGGAACGGCACUUUGCAUUUGGAUACAUUGUUCUACGGCGAAUACAUGAAUUAUGGGCCCGCAGGCUCGGUAGGUCGCCGCGUUAACUGGCCAGGCUAUCAUAUAUUCAACGCAUCCAGUCAGGCUAAUAACUUUACGGUGGCCCAAUUCAUUGAAGGGAACUUGUGGUUGCCGUCUACGGGUGUCAGAUUCACGGCUGGAUUGGAAGUUUAAGCUAGCGGUUAACUUAAUUCUAUAUAUAUACCUGUUUAUCUUCUUCUUAUAUUAAACUUAAAUAUAAAGUUUCAAGCGGUGAGAUCGAAUUGAAGGUUUUGCGUUCA